UCAGUCGAACGUUGUCUGCGCGUGGUUCGGUAUGCGAUAUUUCUCUCCGCUUUCGAACAAAUUUUACGACGUAGCAAGAUUUCUGUUUAACUCUAACGAUUAUAUAAUUAAGUAUUUAGCGAUACGUUGUUUUAUAUCUCAAGUUUAAACAGUGAUUCGCUAUCGAACGAUAAAAUAUCAUUAAUUGUAAAAUCGGUACAUAUUUGCAAGGUUCCUUGUGUUCAGUUGUGGCUAAUUUCAGUUGGUAACACUUGAUCAGUUCGAUUUGUCGUCGCGAAGUUGCUUCUUCGAAUGUUUAUCGAAUAGUAUAUUAGAGUUUGUUGAAAGAUUCGUUCGUCGUGUUUCGUACGAGAUACAUAGUUAUUUGACAGUAAGACAGUUUUCUCGGGAAUUUAUAGUGAUUUUCAUAGUGAUUGUUGUACGUGUUUUCUAUCAUUUCGCGCACGUUUUUUUUGGAAAGUGUACGCGUACGAUUAUUCUAUAUGAACAAAGAUUCGCGAUCGUUCAAAAUGCGAAGGAUGUUAUUGGACCUUCGGAACCAUCUUGAUCAAGAGAAUGAAAAUAUCGAUGCGACUCCACGGCGCAGAAGCUACGUUAGAUUCCCGCGAGUACGGUUGCUAGACUUCAAACCGAAAAAUGUUCCGAGAUCAAUUGCCUCGAAUUGUGAACCCUGUGCUGCAAAAUCUACUUCGCAAGUUACUAAAAAGUAUCCAUUUAAGUUUCCAAGUCAGAGUCAUGCGGUAGAUAGAUUUAUAAAUAUCAAAUACAACAAGGAAGCUGCACAUUAUCUUCUGACAAAAAAACCCAAUAAUAUGUCGAAGCAAAAUGAAAUCGAUGUGUUUAAGCAGCUGGAAUCUCUGUCGGAUAAUUGGCAAAAGAAAUUUAUGCACCAAUUAAUGGCGAAAGAAAACGUAAUACCAGGGCUGAGGCAGAAACAAGUGCUGCGCUGCAGCCACUUAUCCUCGGAAAACAAGGUGCCUGGAAGCUUAGUAGGCCUGCCUAAAGACCUGUGGGACGAGGAAUACUUCAAAGAUGGAAUGUGGAAAUCGAAGCCACGAAAAAGGCCUUUAAUAGGCAUUAUGUAUUCCAUAUUAAAUACGCAUGAGUUCUCCACGUUAUCGGAGUACCAGAAACGACGAAUUGAUUGGAGUUCGGCAAAUGCAAUCGCAGUAGCAACUGAUGAUGUGGUGAAAUUUUACAAUAUAUUCAAAUCUGAUAUUACAGACUCGAUAUGUCUGAAAGUACGUAAUGUUGAUUCAUUAAAAUGGAAUAACGCUGGUAAUAAACUGUUGAUAUGCACUCCGUCGUUCGUGAAACUGUACUGUGCAGAUAGGCAUAAGAUGAUUUGGACGACAGCCACGUGCGAUAGUGACGUGAAUUGCAUCUGCUGGACUAAGAAUGACCAACAUGCCGUCACUGCUGACCGAAGUAUGAUCACGGUAUAUUUAGCUCAGGAUGGCAAGGUCGUUAAUUCGUUCCCCGCGUUUUCUUCAACUAUUUUAACGAUCGCAUUUUCAUCGAAUUGUCAAUAUCUCGCAACUUCGGCGAUAGAAGGGAAAGUUCGGAUUUUCCAGUGGCCAAGUUUGAUCGUGCACAUUGAUAUUCUUUACUACGAGCCUAUUCUAGCUAUAGCUUGGCACCCGUACGAAAAUGGUUUAUUAUGCAUAGGCGGUGGCCUGGGUGACGCUUCGCUGACCCUUUGGGACAUGAACAAGUUAAGUACACCGACUUAUCGCGACGUCCGGUUCCAAGGUAUCGUGAAGAAUAUGAUAUGGAAUAAGCACAGUUGUGAGCUUGUCGUUCACUGGUCGUACGCGGAGCAGCAUAAUGAAGCAUGCACUGCGAUACCGGUUCUCGCGAGCCUCGAUCGCAUUGUGGACGAGGUACCUUUGGAUAAGGAUAUACGAAUCAACGCCAUUAUGUGGAACUCUGAUCAAACGCAAUUAGCUAUUCAGUCUGACGAAUCUUUAAUGAUAUGGAAUUUUUUCGGUAACGAUUGCCAAUAUCAAAGAUGUAAGACACAACGCAAACAUAUACAAAGUGAUACAAGAUCUACGAACUUUAAAGAAUUUGAAUAUUAUAAUAUACGGUAGAACCGAUGUAUUCAAGAAAUUUUUUAAUAUUCAUAAAAAAUUAUUAGAAAUAUUUUAAAAACUUACUUAUAAGUAAGCCAAAACUUAACUAAUAGCCGUGACUACUAACUUUUAAUAUACUUCAUAUAAUUCGGUAUUUUGUCCAAUUUUACCACCUUUUAUUUUAAUAUACAAAUAUCAUGUAUUUUGUUUUUUAACAAUUAUAGACUAUCAUUUUUGAACGUAUUGUAAAAUGUUACCAAAUCUCGAAUUAUUGCUACAAUCUAUUUUUUUUAAAUAUCAAUCU